AGCGCCACAGGACCACAGUCCACAACACUCAAAUUGAGUUUCCUAUCGUAGCGAGACGUUCCCCUACGCAAGCUCAUACUCGCGUAUACUGCGUACGGACUUUCAGUAUCACGCACGUUUGGUGUUACUUAAUAUGCAUCGAACAAUCACUUUCUUACGGAUUUGUGCGAAAGAAAAGUGCUGUGUUAGUGAUUUUACUCCGUUCAAAUUUAAAAAAUCAUAAACUCUACAUAAUGUAUAUAACUUUGUGAUAUAGUGAAAUGUAUUGAUACUGUAGUGAACUUAAUUAAUAAAAAUGAAUAUCCGAGGGAAGAAUCACGUGCAUACAUCGGAAAAACCGAGUAAAAAGAGAAGGACGCAGCGGCAGAAAUCGGAAAAGCGGGCACGAGUGGCUCGAGAGGAAGCGCGCCCUAAACUUUUCAUUCAAAAUACAACCAUAAGCGUUAUCCCCGGCGGUUGUGAAUCAUCAUCAUGCGGUGGUCCAGAUUUUGGUUGUAUUCAGGCGUUUAACAAUACCUAUCACUACUGCGUUUGUACCUCAAAUGGUCAAUUAGUAAGAGAAGGAGAAGAAGAAGCCUGUCCAAGAAGUACAGUGCCACUAACGCAAAGCAAAGCAAUCCACAACGUCAUCCCACCGUCAAGACCGUCAAAUGCGACAGGCCCCAGAUUCCCGUCGACACCGGCCCCAGCACAAGGAGCCAAGUCUCUGGAGAGCAGCGAAAUACUUCCUGCAACAACGGGAACCGACCCUUCGUUCAUCGGCUCAGGAAUCCAUGCCAGUGCUAGCGCCCCAGUCAUCGUGAGCAUGAUCGCUGGCUGCUUCCUAUUGAUCCUCAUACCGAUCGUUAUCUUCUACCUCAGAAAAAGGAUAUGCAACGUCGAUGGCAAAGUAAAACCGCGUGUACGACCAGGCGAGCCUCUGCUUGCUGAACGGUAUAUAACGAACCCGCAGUACGGCGUGUGCGGAGCGGCGACGGUGGCUUCGCUGGCGUCAGCGCCGGGGUCGCCGGCGCCGAUCCAUGCCAGUGAAACCAACGAGCCACAGGUCACCCUGCUGGAACGUAGCGCCCUCACAUUCCUAGAAGAAGUUGGAGAAGGAUGUUUCGGGAAAGUUCAUAAAGGUGUUUUGCGUAUUAGCAAUGGUGAACAAGUUGUAGCUAUAAAAGUAUUGAAAGAGAGUGCCGGUCGCAGUGCAGAAGAAGACUUCGUCAGAGAGGUGUCCAUAAUGUCCACGUUCCGACAUCCAAAUAUUUUGAGCUUGGUUGGAGUAGUGUAUAGAGAUGAUAUAAACGCUAGUCCUUGGAUGGUAUUUGAGUAUAUGGAGUGGGGAGACUUAGCAGGAGUUCUAAGAGGAUCCAGAGGCGGCGGGAGGGCUGGACCUACCUUAGUUGAAGCAGCAUUACUCCACAUAGCUCUACAAGUCGCACAUGGCAUGCAAUAUUUAGCUUCAAAAAGAUUUGUCCACAGGGACCUAGCAGCUAGAAAUUGCUUAGUGGGAGCAAAUCUAGCAGUUAAAAUAGCUGACUUUGGCAUGUCUCGUGAUGUGUACACGUGUGAUUAUUACAAAAUGGGUGGUGAACGCCCGAUGCCAGUCCGGUGGAUGUCACCAGAAAGUAUAGUCUACGCACGCUUCACUCAUGAAUCCGAUGUCUGGUCUUACGGAGUUGUGCUUUGGGAAAUUUAUAGUCGUGGAAAGCAACCAUACUAUGGAUGUAAUAAUGACGAUGCCACAAAACGUAUCAUCAACGGAAUAUUACUGGUUCCUCCGGACGACUGCCCGCAAUUCGCUUGCAGGUUAAUGAGGGAAUGUUGGGCAACAGAUCCUCGAAAUAGGAUCGGCUUUGAUGAAAUAUGUAGAAAACUAGAAGUAGCCGCAGCGGCAAGUGGAAGUAAUACUCAAAUAAGAUUACCCCGACCUCCGCCUCCGCCUCAAGAUUCAACUGGAUAUUUAAUUCCUACUAAACCACCGUGCAAUGCAGAAUAUUUAAAACCACUUCCCGACUUAGAUCCCGAUUCGGAUUCCAGUGAAGACGAGGACAUUGACGACUACACCUGACGUCCAGCUUCAAAACCAGAGUCUCAGUAUGUGCCGCGCACUUCGCCACUGGCUGUACAAAAUUUUACCACCUUCACAUUUACAUCUCGUGAGAAUAUUGAACAUUUUGACUGUUAAUCGUAUAACGUAACGAGAGGUUUGUGGAGGAAAUACUCAACUAUUUUAGUGUGAUAUUGUAUAUAAUAUAGUUAUAUAUGAAUUGUAUGUGUAUGAGAUAAAGUAAAUAUGAGUAUACGUAUAUUAAUGUAUCAAAUGUGCCAUAGCAUUACCAAAAAAAUAUAUGCUUAUCUACCUACUACAAAUAAUUUCAUUGGAUAUGGAAAUUUAUAUAAAUAAUUGUAUUUUUAAGCUACAGUACUUUGUAAAAUUGUGUUGUAAGUAUAUUAUCGAUUUAAAAUUAUUAUAUUAUGAUCUGAAUAUGUACCUAAAUAAUCAAUAUAAUUUAAUCAUUACUUACCUAUUACGUUGAUUCUGCGGGUAAAAAAUAUUUAUUUAUACUUAAUUUGUAUAGCUGUACGUUUUAAUAUUAAAUUUAUAGGUAGGUAAUGUAAUAUUAUAGAUAUUAUAUUGUAAUAAAAAUUUAAUAAUUGGGAAUCUAUGGGUACAAGAUUUGUGUGAAAUUUAGCAUAAUAAAAUUGUUGUUUAAUUGUAAUUGCUAUUCAGGUAAUUUAGUAAAAGUCGAAUUAUUGUAAAUUUGGAACUUACUAUUAUACCUACUAUAAUACAAAAUAUACCUAAGUAUGUACCUAACCAACAAGACAUCACCCAUAUUUGUGAAAUUAUCGAACCUAACUUUCUAUGUGUAUUACAAAAAAUGCAUUUGUCUGUAUGAUUUAACGUCGAACAAUAUUUUUUUAUUUAAUAUUUUUUUGUUAAAUAAUGUUAUAAUGUAGCUUCAAAAAGCCAAUAGUGGGAAUGUCAAUAAUCAAUAUAAACAUACCUGAGGCUGACCAUAAUAACUAGGUGUACUUAUACUGUGCCAAUUUGUGAAAAUUCAUGAAAUGUAAAAAUUAUCUGGAUUUUCGAAUUAAAAAUUAUAUCUAUCAUUUAACACGA